AUGUCUAUUCAAAGCGAAGCACGAACUUCAUCCCAAUACUCUCUGAAGAAGAAUCUCGACGGCGCCAUUAAGCAGUGCUCCUUCGACCUAUUGUCCAUAUGGCUCUUCACCUUCAGCGAUCUCAAGACGAUUGUCGGGCCAAAGACACUGUUUGGACUCGUGCAUGCUCUUUCUGCAGACGUUUUCAAUUUUGAUCACUUCGCCACUCCGAGCGACCUGCGUAUUCUUCUUCGCACACCCAUCGUGUUAUGGUGGACGUGGAUAAACCUUCUCCCUUUCUCAAUCGACAACCAGAGGCAGCCAAGUGCCGUGCUCGAAGAUGCAGCGAACAAACCUUGGAGGCCGCUGCCAUCACGACGGAUCGAAAGCGAGCAGGCCAAGAAGUGGAUGUUGGCCCUCUAUCCCGUGGCCGUUCUAACGAGCAUCUGCACUGGGGGCCUUCGACAGUGCAUCGCCCUGGUCUUCCUUGGCGUCUGGUACAACGAUCUUGGGGGAUCAGAUACGCAUUUCCUCAUACGCAAUUUCAUCAACGCAUGCGGCUUCGUUUGUUACGCAUCGGGAGCGAUGGAAGUGGCCUUGGGACGAGCACUGCCGGUGUCUCUGACAGCAAUCUCGUGGUUUGCCAUGAUUGGCGCUGCGGUGCUGACAUCUGUGCAUAGUCAGGACAUGGCUGAUCAAGAGGGGGACCGGCUGCGCGGCAGGAAGAGCGUGCCGCUGACCGUUGGAGACGAGCCGAGCCGAUGGACUAUUGCCCUUUUCGUGUCGGCAUUCAGCAUCCUCGGUCCAUCCUUUUGGGGGCUGGCAUGGCUAGGAUACGCCGCACCUGUUGUCCUCGGAGCAACAGUAGCCGUACGGACCCUUAGCUGCAGGUCGGUAAUGGCGGAUAAGAUUACAUUUCGUGUCUGGAACUUGUGGAUGGUAGCGAUGUACUUUUUACCCCUGAUUGCGAGCCGAUCUCUGCAUUACUUAUCAACCUAA